CAUAAGAACUAGUGCAGAUGAAAUGGCUGCUCCUGUUGCUAUAGGGACAAGGGGCACUAUUGGAUCUCUAGUGAGGAAGGAAAUUGAAUACUUCACAAAGAUUGAGUUGGAAAGAAGAGGAAGUUCACAAAAACCACAGCAACACUUUGUGGAAAUGGACAUGGUUUCUGGCAGAAGCUAUUGCAUGUCUAGGCCUAGUUUCUGGGUGUUGCUAACAACUUGGAAGAGGAGGAAGAGAAGAGGCACAAGUGGGUUCCUCCCAAAAAUAUGUUCCGUUGCAGAUGUAGCUGAGAGUGAGAGGAAUCAGUUGAACAGGAUUCCUGGUUACAGCUACAGGAUCCUCAAGAUUCAAGAAUGAUAUCAACAACUUGAGUUAGUCUGCACAGCUUUUUGAGGGGAACCAAAACUUGCAACAUAUUCAUUUUAUGCUACAUGUUAUGUUGCCUGACUCAGGCAACUUUUAAUUUUGGGCUCAUGUUUUUCAUUUUCUGUCAUAUCCUGUGUUUCAUAUGCCUAUAGUAAGUACUGCUGGUUUUUCAGAUCUCAGAUUCAGUUUAAAAUUAUUGUUAUAAUCAAGGUUUUAAAAAACGGUUUAUAAUUGUAAUUUAUCGGAUGCAACAUCAAGAUUUUUG